CGGAAAGCUUGGUUUUCGCAGCCGGCGGACAGCAGUGAACCGGACCGUGGCCUUACGCGCACAACCGGCGCGGUCAUGGCCGACUACUGGAAGUCUCAACCAAAGAAAUUCUGUGAUUACUGCAAGUGCUGGAUAGCAGACAAUAGGCCUAGUGUUGAAUUUCAUGAAAGGGGAAAGAAUCACAAGGAAAAUGUGGCCAAGAGGAUCAGUGAGAUUAAACAGAAGAGCUUGGAUAAGGCAAAGGAAGAAGAAAAGGCAUCCAAGGAGUUUGCUGCAAUGGAGGCAGCUGCCCUGAAGGCAUACCAAGAGGAUCUGAAAAGGCUUGGCUUAAAGUCAGACAUUGCAGAGCCAAGUAUAUCACCAGUGGUCAGCACUGUCCAGCCCACUCCCACAUCAAAUCAACAGAAAGAGAAGAAAACAAAGAAGAAAAAGAAAGAAGCUUCAAAGGGUAGAUGGGUAGAAGGCGUCACGGCCGACGGGCACUGUUACUAUUACAAUCUCAUCACAGGAGCAUCUCAGUGGGAGAAGCCGGAAGGAUUUCAAGGGAACUUAAAAAAGACAGCAGCAAAGGCCAUUUGGGUAGAAGGUUUAAGUGAAGACGGUUACACCUAUUAUUACAAUACAGAAACAGGAGAGUCCAAAUGGGAAAAGCCUGACGAUUUCAUUCCACACACUGGUGAUGACCCUUCUGUUAAGGACAAGGAAAAGCCACCUGACUCCCUAGAAGAGUCCAAGUCAUCAGAUUCUCACAGUGAUUCUGACGGUGAGCAGAAGAAAGCAGGAGCGGCCUCUGCAGAAACGAAGAAGCUAGUAAUCAAAUUUAAGGAAAAAAAUAAAGGUAUUGAAAAAAGAACUGACCCGGAAAUACAAAAAGAAAAAAGUACCUCAAAACAGAAUUCAUCAGAUACAAAUGAAGAAAAACCUAAAACUCUUAAGAAACCGACAAACCCUUAUGGGGAAUGGCAAGAGAUUAAACAAGAAGCCGCAUCUCAGGAAGAGGUCGAUUUGGAACUUCCAAGCACUGAAAGCGAUUGUCUGACUACUUCAGAAGCUGCUGCUGGGGAAAUCAAAGUGGUAUUUAAAGAGAAAACAGUCUCUUCUCUGGGAGUUGCAGCAGAUGGAGUGGCCCCUGUCUUUAAAAAGAGAAAACUUGAGAAUGGAAAAUCUCGGAACUUAAGACAGCGAGGCAACGAUGAGUGACUGUAAAGCCUUGGGCAGAGGAGAUGUGCCCUUUCCAAGCGUCUCUGUGUUUUGAGUACCAUAGUGCUGCAGUUCACAUUUAUGCUAAAUGUAUUUUAUGUGAAUCAAAAUAAAUCUUUUUCAUGUGAAAUUUUUUUUGUUCCUUAAAUGGAAGCCUACACAUUGCAUUGUAAUACAGUGUAUUAUGUUCAAUGUCUAAUAUUGCUAAUUAUAUAAUUUAAGAUGCUAUGUAUCUGUUAUUUAAAACAUAGGGAAGACCCUUCCUCUGUUCUCAUAUAAGCAUAUUUAUUCUGCAUUGAAAAUACAUUCUUUCUGUAUAUGGAAAUUAACCUGUUACCUAAGAAGAAUCAGACACAGAAGGGCACAGGCCUGUGACAGUUUGGUUUUGAUGGUCUGUAGAAAAGUAUGCAGAGCAACUUGUCUUACUCAAUCGAAGACCAGAAGCAGGAGCCACUUGGGUACUAAAAUGCAGUGACAGCUGGACCUGGGGUGGAAAUCUGCGCUUGCCUCAGGUCAGCUGUAGCCACACAAUGUCC